AUGCGCCGCUCCGGCCUCAACAGGACCGGAUUCUGCAUGCGACACGACUGCAGCCGGAAGGACGACCUCGGGCGGCCCAACAACUGCUGCCCCGCAGCCUCUCCCUGCAAGCUAGCGCCGGGGGCGACGCACCAUCUCCUCUUUGUGCACGUUGAAAAGACCGGCGGAUCGUCAGUCGAAUGCGCGACGCAAGAGUGGGCGCGCGCGGGCUACUGGACCAACAUGGGGCACGUCGGCACCGACGGCCGAGGGGACGUGGCACUGCGGGCCUGCCGCCGCCGGUGCGAAGAGGCAGGCGUGCCCACAGCUGUCGUGAUUAGCGUCCGAGAUCCGUACGCCUACUGGCAGUCCGUGCUUCGCUAUGCCUGGAGAAUGGCGGGGACGCGCCUCUCCGCCACCUUCAAUGCGCUCUCCAACGAGUUCCAACGCUCUGCACGCGUGAGCCGGAGCCAGGCCGGCGUCCUCGCAACGCUGCCUCGGCUGCUAUCCUGGGUGGAGGGCACGCCGCUGGCUGCCACGUGCAGCGCCAACUUCUCGCGCUGCCUCUCGCUGAGCGGACGCAUCAAGCGCGCGUGCGGUGGCUCCGCCUCGGGCUGCGCUGCAGACUUCACCUUGCACACCGAGUCGCUGGCGCGGGACUGGGCUGCGCUCGCGGCGCGCUACGGCUUGCCCCGCCUACCCCUCCCGCACGUCGAGCCCGGCUCGGGCUACAGCAAGCGCAAGAGCUGCCACUGCAGCGGCCGAUGCGACCCGCAGUGGUGGAGGCGGGAUGGCGGGUUUGGGUGCACGGAUGCGCCACGCGGGCCUGCCCUCGACUUCACGCCCGACGCGCGCGCGAUCGUGGGCCGGCUCGAGCGGGAGGUUUUUGACACGUUCCACUACCCUCUAGUCGCCCGAUAG